GGACGCCUGUGCAGGAGGACGCCUGGACGCCCCCUAGAGGGCGGGCGGGGGGAGGACAGCACCGCGAGAGGCCCCCGCACGUCUAGGGUUCAACCUGGGAGAAGUGUUCGAGGGCGGAGCUGACACUGUGUUCCUCUCGCAGGCUCCCUGGAGCCCCAUCUCCGCACCCGUCGCGCCCGGGCCGCAGACGGGCCGCAGCCUUGGGUGGGGACUGGGUGCAGCCCCACCCACCGCCCUGCAGCCCCGCCUCCAGCCCGAGCGGGGCCUCGGCCCAGCGGCCCGCCCGCCCAGGGCCACCCCGAGGGCGGGGACCGCCGGCCAGUCCCGCCCUCCCUGGGCUGCCCCGGGGGCGGGGACUGAGGGGCCUUCCGGCCGAAAAGGCAGCCACAGGCGACCUGGCCCUUGGGUCCCGGAGCGGCAGCGCCCGCCCGGCUAAAGCCGAGCGACUGGGCAGGGCUGCGGUGAGCCCGGAGACAGCGGCGACCCCUGAUAGGGCUCCAGCCUGGCCCCUCGCUCCCAGCACCCGGGACGGCACUCCCUGCACCCCACCCCGCUGCCUUGAGGAGCAGGGUUCCGGGCGGAAGCCUCCUCACUUUCACUUCCAUGCGCGGGGCGGGGUUCUGGGGGUGCGGCUUGAAAAGGGCCCGUUGGUCGGCCGGAGUCUGGGGACUCAGCUGGGUCCCUGGAGAUCAGCGUGAGGGGUCCAGGGCUUUUCCUGGGGCAGCUGCAAAGUCGGGGCUCUGAGAACCGGGGCUGGUGGGUCCACACUCCUCCCACCAUCUGUUGGGGGCAUCGGCCCAGCUCCGAGGAGGGGGCUUUGGGUUAGCAGCCUCGGAAGACAGAGACCCAGCCAGUUGGAGGUCCCCGACCCCACCCUUUUCCAGGCCUUUCCAUGGCGGACGCAGGUGAAGACCCCACCCUGUUCACUGCCCACUCUCUGCCCAGUGACCGCCGGCUCUGGGCCAGUGUGACCAACGCCUACUUGGGCACGCGUGUCUACCACGACACACUGCACGUGAGUGGCAUAUACAAUGGGGCCUUGGGGGACACGCACCGAGCCGUCCUGCCCAGUCCCCUCAAUAUCCAGCUGGAGGCCCCCGAGGGGACAGGAGAGCAGCUGACCACAACCUUCGUCCUGGACACUAACACAGGCUCCUUUCUGCACACCCUGGAGGGGCCCAGCUUCCGGGCCUCCCAGCGCAUCUAUGCCCACCGCACGCUGCCGCACGUGCUGGCCUGCGGCGUGUCCCUCGCCCGCCUGGGCCCCGGGGGCCAGCCCAUCACUGUGAUGCUGCGGUCCGCCUUCUCCCCAGAAAGCCCGGACUUGGCCCUGCAUCUGGGGCCUGACUUCCGGGGAGCACGGUACCUGUACGGUCACACGCUCACUCCUGAGCACCCGGGGGCGCCGCGGCAGGAGGUGCACAUGCUGUGGACACCAGCGCCCCCGGCCCUGACCCUGGGGGAGGGCCAGCAGCACGGGACCUGGGAGUUCCUGGCCGUGGUGGGCGGCAGCCAGGCCGAGGCCCAGGCCUGCCUCGCUGAGGCGCUGCAGCUGCAGGCCAGCGGCACCCUGUACGCCGUCCACGCCCAGGCCUGGGCCCGGCUCUGGGACAGCUGUGGCCUGGAUGUGGUGGGGCCCCUCCCCCUGCGCCAGGCCCUGCGAGGCGCCCUAUACUACCUGCUCAGUGCCCUGCCUGAGCCCGGGGCCCCAGGACAGGCCUGCCACGGACUCAGCCCCGGGGGGCUCUCCAACGGGAGCCGCGAGGAAUGCUACUGGGGCCACGUGUUCUGGGACCAGGAUCUCUGGAUGUUCCCGAAUGUCCUCCUGUUCCAGCCGGAGGCCGCCAGGGCUCUCCUGCAGUACCGCAUCCAGACACUGGGUGGGGCCCUGCUCAAUGCCCAGAACCUGGGCUACGAGGGGGCCAAGUUCGCCUGGGAGAGCGCCGUGUCCGGCCUGGAGGUCUGCCCGGAGGACAUUUACGCGGUCCAGGAAGUCCACGUCAACGGGGCCGUGGCGCUGGCCUUCCAGCUGUACCAGCACAGCACCCAGGACCUGCAGCUCUUCCGAGAGGCUGGUGGCUGGGACGUGGUCAGUGCCGUGGCGGAGUUUUGGUGCAGCCGAGUCGAGUGGAACCCCACAGAGGAGAAGUACCACCUGAGUGGAGUCAUGCCCCCCGACGAGUACCACUCAGCAGUCACCAACUCCGUGUACACCAACGUCCUGGCCCAGAGCAGCCUGCGCUUUGCUGCCGCCCUGGCCCAGGACCUGGGUCAGCCCGUCCCCCGCCGGUGGCUGGAGGUGGCUGAUAAGAUCAAGGUGCCCUUUGACCCGACGCGGAACUUCCACCCCGAGUUUGACGGGUAUGAACUCGGAGAGGAGGUGAAGCAGGCAGAUGUCGUGCUCCUGGGGUACCCCGUCCCCUUCCCUGUGAGUCCUCAAGUUCGCAGGAACAACCUGGAGGUGUACGAGGCCGUGACGUCUCCCCGGGGCCCCGCCAUGACCUGGGGCAUGUUUGCUGUGGGCUGGAUGGAGCUGAAGGAGCCCCGGCGGGCGUGGGACCUCCUGCAGAGGAGCUUCGCCAACAUCACAGAGCCCUUCAAGGUGUGGACGGAGAAUGCGGACGGGUCCGGGGCCGUGAACUUCCUCACGGGCAUGGGGGGCUUCCUGCAGGCGGCACUCUUCGGGUUCACAGGGUUCAGGAUCACCGGGGCUGGCCUGACCUUUGACCCCACGUGUCUGGCGGAGGUCUCCGGCGUGCGCGUCUCUGGCGUCUCCUACCUGGGGAACAAGCUAGACUUCUCCUUCUCCGAGGACUCCGUGACGGUCGAGGUCAGGGCCCGGGCGGGGCCCCGGGCGCCUCUGCUGGAGGUGGAGCUGUGGCCGUCACAGGACCGGCUGCCCCUGCCCCCAGGACACAAGGUCUCCUUCCCCUGCUGUGCCGGCCGGAUACAAAGUUCGGUCUCGUAAGACACGGUGGCAGCAGGCCCUGCUCCAAGAAACCCCGGGAGAGGUCGUUGCAGAUACUGGAGCCCAGCGCAGCCCCUCCGGGACCCCUGGGCCCUCUGGACCCACAGAGUCCCUCACGGGCCCUGAGGUCCUGCCCCUGCCCCAGCGGUGCUGGGGGCUUCAGGGACACCUCUGGGGUGCUUCCUGGGCAGGGCCCCCAGCGGGCUGCACCCGCGCUUCAUGGACGCAGUCCCAGCCCACCGUCCGACACCCACCCUCCCUCCCUCCCUCCACUUGGCAGCCACCUUCCUGGGCUCCAGGCAACGUCUGGGUUCUGUGGCCUGCAUGAAAGACUCUGCUGAUACCCCACAGACGGGGGGCUUCCCCGUGGCCUCCCGCGCCAGCAGGUCCGGCCCGCUCCUUGGGGCUGACGCCCGCACCUGCCGUGACCCCCGGGAGGGGUGGGGAGCACGGGCACCCUGCUGCAGAGGCAGAGGCAGAGGCAGGGUGCGGGCCGUGCGGGGACUCGCCCUGCUGCAUCUCUCGGACACGGCCCCCGCAGCCGCGCCAGAGGACUCUCCGCCCCACGGACGGCACCGAGGGCCAUGUUGCCCGGGCCCAGGCGCCCUCUGGCUGUCGUGGGGGCUCAGCGUCCUCCGCCCUUGAUGCCGGGCCACCACACGCCCUUCCUCAGCCGAGUCGGGUGUGGGGCAAGACCCCGUAUCUUCUCUUCAACGGGCUGGGAGGACUGAGCCCAGUGCGCAUGGGUUCAAAGCUGUGGCCCUGGGCCCACCCGUCCCGGGCAGGCUGCCCUCUCGGGGGCGCUGCCCAAUUAAAGUCGGGGCCGGGACAGGCCCUGUCUGCUGUGAGGA